AUGUCAAAAGCCAACUAUGAAGCAAGGAUUAUUCUGGCACUCCAGGCCUACCGAAAUAAAUCUAAUUUGAGUCUGCAGCGCGCUGCAAAGAUCUACAAAGUUGGCUAUAGUACAUUAUGGCGCCGUGAGAAUGGCAUCCAGUCUCGAUACGAUACUACCCCGAAGUCACGCCGACUAUCUGAUCUAGAGGAAAAUGUCAUAGUUCAGUUCAUUCUCGAUCUAGAUUUGAGAGGUUUCCCUCCGCGACUACGUUGCGUUGAGGAUAUAGCUAACCGAUUGCUCGCCGACCGCGGCACGCCGCCUGUCGGCAAGCGCUGGGCCUCUAACUUCGUGAGACGACACAAAGAGCUCAAGACGCGUUUUUUCCGUAGAUAUGACUACCAGAGAGCCAAAUACGAAGAUCCAACCAUUAUUCGCAAUUGGUUUAGGCUUGUGCAGAACACAAUCACCAAACACAACAUCAGAUCGGAUGAAAUUUACAACUUUGACGAGACUGGUUUUCUUAUGGGUAUGAUUGCCAGCGGUAUGGUCGUCACAGGUGCUGAAAGGCGUGGAAGACCAAAGUCAAUCCAGCCUGGAAACCGAGAGUGGAUUACAGCCAUUCAAGCAAUUAAUGCCGAAGGUCAAACCAUCCCGCCAUUCAUCAUAGGUGCAGGCAAAUAUCACCUCGCCAACUGGUACGAAGGAAGCGACCUCCCAGGCGAUUGGGCUAUUGCAACAUCUCCAAAUGGAUGGACCGAUAACGAAAUAGGCCUGGAAUGGCUCAAGCACUUCGAUAGGCGUACUACCAAGCAUUCAAGAAAUCGCUACCGCCUUCUGAUCCUGGAUGGGCAUGAAAGUCACCACUCGGUUGACUUCGAGAGAUAUUGCAAGCCUCUCGAUUUGGUGUGCUUCAGCCUGCUCAAGAAGGCUUAUGKGCSAGAAAUWGAGCAUCURAUCCGAUGCUCUGUGACCCACGUUUCCAAGACCGAGUUCUUUCCAGCGUUUCACGCCGCAUUUCGAGCCAUAAUGACGGAGAAAAAUAUCAAGGCAGCUUUCAGAGGAGCUGGUCUUGUUCCUUUCGACCCAGAAAAUGUGGUUUCAAAGCUUGACGUGCAGCUACGGACACCGACGCCUGCAGAGGAGGCAGCUAGCCCUUCGACCCCUUGGGUUUCAAAGACGCCAAGGACGGUGCUUGAGACCCACUCUCAGCUUGAAUACCUCGAAAGUAGAAUUAAGAGGCAUAAAAGUAGCUCUCCAGAGUCAAUUUUGGAAGCAUUGAGGUCUUCUUCGAAGGGAACAAAGAUAGUCAUGCACAAGGUCGCCCUAUUAGAGGCCAGGGUCCGAGAUCUUGAACAAGCAAACGAGAUACUAAGCCGUCGGCGGAGAGCAAAAAGAACCCGACUACAGAGAGGAGGGGUGAUGAUAGUAGAGGAAGGGAGGCAACCACUUGAUCCGACGGAUGCUGAAGCGCAGGUAAUGGCCGAAUCGUCAAAAGGUGGUGAUCAAGGGGGGUCGCCACGAAUGAGGGAAAGGUGUUGUAGAACAUGCGGCAAUACAGGACACAAUGCAAGGACUGCCAGAUAG